AUGGUGAACGCGAACGUAGGGUCGCCGAGCAGUAGUAAACGAGAUCCUGGUGAUUCAACGGCGCAAACAGCUGUGGAUCCAUGGUUGCUCCGUUGCGGUUUCUAUCAUGGCUAUUUGCCACGUGAAGAUGUUGGAACUCUUCUCCGAAAGCAAGGAGACUUCCUUGUACGACUUAGCGAAAACUUGGUCCGAACAAAUGAAAAACCUGAAAGACAGACAUCCAACGUGAUUUCUGUGCUCAUUGAAAAGCAAAAUAUUGUGAACUCUUCUCGCACGACAGAAAGAAACGAUCAGAUCAAAAACAUUGUUGUUUAUCAUCGUAAAGGCAAAUGGUAUCUUGAUGAAUCUUUGAAGUUCAACUCAGCAGCACUCCUCUUCGCGCAUUAUAUGAAUCAGCCACUCAUUCUCAACAAGGUCCCUAUUCUGCUUCAACGUGGUGUUGGUCUCUGCCGUUGGGAGUACUUUCACCGUAAUGUAAAAAUUGUGAAGACGGUUGGGAGAGGAGCAUACGGAGAAGUAAAGAUGGCGGAAUUACUCAAGAGAAAUGGAAGAACGGACACUGUUGCAGUGAAAACCUUAACACAAAAGACUGAGCAAGCCAUCUCCCCGAAACUAAUAAAAGAAAUCCUGAAAGAGGCGCGGAUAAUGCGUCGGUUGAGGCACCCUAAUAUAGUAUCCUUUUUGGGUGUGGUGCUCAUCGACCAUCCUCUAUAUAUUAUUUUAGAGUAUGUGGAAGGUGGAGCACUAGACUCUUAUCUGAAGAAAAAUAAAAGCAAGAUUACGAACGAAGAACGUCUGGAAGUAGCGCUGGGUGUCGCUUGGGGAAUGGAAUACCUUCACAAAAUGCACGUUCUCCAUCGUGACAUAGCUGCGCGAAAUUGUCUCUACGAAAGGAAAAUUUCUGUGAAAAUAUCAGACUUUGGUCUCUCCCGAAGAGGAAGUAUAUACAAGAUGAAAACUAUGCAAAAGAUGCCGAUUAAAUACAUGGCGCCGGAGAGUCUUUCAUCAUUUUUAUUUUCACAGAAGACGGACGUUUACUCCUAUGGUAUACUCAUAUAUGAACUAUAUUCUUGUGAAGAACCUUACCAGGGUCUUAGCACCGGUGAAAUUCGAUCAAUGAUAAGUGCUAAUUCUUUCGUAUUUCUAAGUAUUUUUCUAAAUAUUUUGAAAUAG